AUGCAGGGUUCAGCGUCGGGCAUUGAUGGUCUGUUUGCGAAAGAUCUGCUGCUCUGUCCGCCGGCUGGCUUUGCUGGUUUUUUGAAUGUGAUUCUAGCGAUUGGCCAUCUCCCAACCCAACAUUGCUUUUGCAGAUCCGCCUUGAUCCCCAAGGUUCAGCGUCCUCAUCUACCUUCGGAGUACCGCCCUAUAGCAGUCUCCAACAUUAUCCCUCGCUUACUAAACCGUAUUACUUCUGACAGUUGGUCACGACUCUGUCCUACCGCCCACUUCCAGUUUGGUUUCCAGGAGCGGGAUGGGACGGCCGAGGCGACGGCUUCACUUCAUGGAAUGUUACGGCAAGCGGUCUCUGCUCCCAGACCCAUUGCUGUGGCCGUUUUAGAUGUUGCGAAGGCCUUUGAUUCCGUGAACCAUGACACGCGCUUGCGAGCCGCCGCCGUACACGCAGCGCCACCUCUACUUCUUAAUCCCCUAACUUUCUCCUACUCCAGAACUACUACCUAUAUGCUUGACACUGAGGUCCGAUGCCUGCCUGGUGUCCGCCAAGGAGACCCCUCUCAUCCCUUCUCUUCUCCUGUGCACUUAGGGAAGCUAUUUCCCAUUCUCAUCGACAGCUUGGCCUCGAGUUGGAUGGAGUAA